GAUAUCUAAGCUUAUUGUCGAUUGAUUGCUUGUACAGACGGACGAAUGGACAGGCGAUUUCGUUUCGUUUAGUUUCAGGUGGCUUUGCGACGUUCAUUUCGCUCAGUGUGUAAUAUAAGCUUACGAAACCUUCAAUGCAUUUUUAAUUUCCCACAAAUUGCUUUAAUAUUCGAAGAAUCUUAUUGCAUGCAGCAGGUUCGCAAUCGAAUAACCAUAGUGUGAAAGUUAUUCUUCUCCUCGACGCCUAGAGACCCACUCCUAAAGCGAAACGGUGCGCCAUGUCGAACCUAGUCGAUAACAUAUACGGGUUUUUAACAGCGCCUGGUGAUCGGAAUCUAUCCGGUAUCCGCUAUAUGCCCUACCAUGCCGCCUUGCUGCCAUAUCUGCUGACCAGCAUUUUCUACGUGUUGUUCGUGUUCAAAAUCGGGCCAGCGCUUAUGAAAAAUCGCCAGCCUUACAAUCUGACUUCGGUGUUACGUUACUAUAAUAUUGGACAAAUCAUUUACAAUGCCAUCAUGUCAGGCUUGGCCUUUUACUUGUAUGUGAUAAAACGUCCGAUGCCCAUCACUUGCAUCAGUGUACUGCCCACCGGUCAUCCGCUGAAGAACAUUGAAGGAAUCGUUAGUGCGAUGUAUGUGUUCAAUAAGUUCCUCGAUUACUUUGACACAAUAUUCUUUGUGCUCCGCAAGAGCUACAAGCAAAUCACAUUUCUGCACGUCUAUCAUCACAUCAUGAUGUCAUCGCUGGGCUUGGUCUACAUCAGGUAUUUGGGUGGCGGUGGCCACGCGGCCACAGUUGGCAUUUUGAAUUCCUUUGUACACGUGGUCAUGUAUGCCUAUUAUCUGGCGAGUGCGACGAAUCCGGAAAUGAAGAACUCGCUGUGGUGGAAGAAGUAUGUAACCAAGCUGCAGCUCGUCCAGUUCGUGCUGUUAUUGAUUCACCAGAUGUGGCCGUUGGUGGUGCAAACGGAUUGCCCGUAUCCGAAGGCACUUUUGGUGUGUGCGUCUUUGCAAGCUGUUCUCAUGAUUUACCUAUUUAGUAGCUUUUAUUAUAAAACGUACAUCAGAAAUCCGAAAACGAAAGACACACCGCUUAAAGCGCAGGAAGCGAAGAGGCGUUAAAUGUAAUUAAUUGUUUAUUUAGAUGUAAUAGUUAUGACUAUGCUUAGCUAAAUACACUUUAAAUCUUUGAAAUGUAAUACAAAUUAUGAGAAAAACGUA